AUGGGGUUUGUGGAUAGCUAUAUUACCUUGACUAUUUUCGGUGUCGGUCUUCUACUUUACGUCGUGGGAAAUGCGAUAUAUAACAUUUACUUCCACCCCCUAAGUAAAUUUCCAGGUCCAAAGUACUUGGCUGUGGGUAGAAUCCCCAUAACUUUGGCGACCCUCCGCGGCCAGAAGGCACAAUUUCGCUUUAAUGCUCACAGAAAGUAUGGGGAGAUUGUGCGCAUCGCUUCCAAUGAGCUUAGUUUCGCACAUGCUCAGGGAUGGCGUGAUAUCUACGGCACUCAGGCCAAACUCCAAAUGGCCAAACCUGCUAGCGGUAUAGAGGAGCAAGAAGGGGCCCAGUCUGUUGUCACCGCUGAAGGAGACACCCACGUACGGCAAAAGCGGAUGUUGGCCACCAUGUUCACCGAGAGAAUGAUGAAGGAAAAAGAGUCCCUUUUCAUCAGCCAUGCUGACUUGCUGGUAAAACGAUUGGCGAUGCUUGAAGGACAACCAGUUGCUUUGGGUGAUUGGUAUAACUUUGCCACGUUUGAUAUGAUGAGCGACCUCCUCUUUGGCGAAUCGCUCGGAAUGCUAUCCAAUUCUGAAUACGUACCUUGGGUUAAGUCCAUUCACGGGUUUCUGAAAGCGUUUGCUUUCAUAACGGUGCUAAAUGAAUACCUAUGGUUUCGAGUUCUUUGGGCAUUUUUUCCUUCGAAAAUCCUCAACACUUUACGAGAAACUCAUUUCCUCUUCACCUCCCAAAAGGUAGAGCAUUACCUGCAACUUGACGAAAAAACCCGCGCGGGCAUGAUGGGACACCUCUUGGACGGAGGCAGCCGCAAGGGCCUCAAUUUGGGGGAACUCCACACAAACGCCCCCAUUCUCAUUUUCGGUGGCAGCGAGACUUCCGCCACACAGCUCCGCUCCCUUAGUUUCCUGCUUUUCAAGAAUCCCGAAAAGUUAGGAAAAUUGAUAUCCGAAAUUCGGUCUGCGUAUACUUCCUCUGACCAAAUCACAUACGAUUCGCUCCUGGAGCACACCUACCUCAAUGCCUGUAUCGAGGAAGGGCUGCGAUAUUAUCCGCCUUGUUCCAAUGGAUUGCCAAGAGUAGUUCCAAAAGGUGGUACAACUAUUUGCGGCGAGUUCGUUCCUGGCGGUACGAAUGUUUCCGUUGCAACAUAUGCACUCUUCCGCUCACCUAAAUACUUCACCCAACCGGAUUCUUUCAUCCCGGAACGGUGGCUUCGCGAAUCUGAAGGAGGAAGUCCUGUCUUUGCAACAGAUCAAAAGGGAAUUGCCCUUCCGUUUAGCUAUGGCCCGCAUAAUUGUCCCGGCAAAAAGAUGGGCUACUUCGAACUGCGACUUAUUCUAGCCAAAGUUCUAUGGCACUUCAACUUGAAACUUCUGCCCGAAGAUGAUGGUGCAGAGGACUCCUGGGACAAUAUGCGGAAUUACCAAACAUGGUCGAGACGUCCGCUUAAGGUAUCAGCAAAGCCUGUCAGGAGAUGA